AGUAAGAAGAAGUUCGUGUCGCCUCUCCUGCUGACAGACACUGGCAGCUGUUACUUCUUGGGCUUUGUCACCUCAGCGCUUCUCGGGUUUCUCCAGUGUCGCUCCGCCCCGCGGCAGAACUCGGUAGAACUCGGCAGAACUCGGCAAGACUCGGCAGCAGCAGGGAGAUUAGUUGUACCGGGACUGCCUGGAGGAGAAAGUGCUGCCCUCACGCACCGGCGAUGGGAGGAAGAGUCUGGGCAUGGCUGUAGCUGCAGGAGGAGCGCACAGGAGCGGGGGGCUGGAAGUGCUGCUCCGGGGGCGCUGGCACAAAGUUCUGGGCAACUUGUACGAGGGAACCCUGGUCCUGAGCGACGAGGAGCACCCGGAGGAUUCCCCGAGCUCUAACACCUUCACCAAUGGCACCAACAGCAGCAACUGCUCCCCGGGGGUCAGGACCGCCUUCACUGAACUGCCCGACUCUGUGCCCGAGGCCAUUGGCAACAAGAAGAGGCCAGUGAAGGUGCUGAAGCAGGAGCUGGGGGGGCUGGGCAUCAGUAUCAAAGGGGGCAAGGAAAACAAGAUGCCCAUUCUCAUCAGCAAGAUCUUCAAGGGACUAGCGGCCGACCUGACUCAGUCCUUGUAUGUGGGAGAUGCCAUACUAGCUGUCAAUGGGCUGGAUCUGAGGGAUGUCACUCAUGAUGAGGCGGUGCAGGUGCUAAAGAAAACUGGCAGAGAGGUGAUACUGGAGGUGAAAUACAUGAGAGAAGCAACGCCCUAUGUGAAGAAAGGAUCCCCCGUUUCGGAAAUAGAAUGGGAAACGCCUCCUCCAGAAUCCCCGCGAUUAGGGAACGCGUCUGUAUUUCCGCCCUCACCUGUUUCUCUUUCCAUACAUGGAGACCGGAAGAGCAUCCCUCUAAAGAUGUGCUUCGUAACCAGGAGCAUGACAGUGCCGGAUGCAGAGAACAGAAAUCUGGAGUUACAUUCACCAGACACAAAGCACACGGUGGUCCUCCGAAGUUCUGACCCCGUCACCUCACAGGCCUGGUUUAAUGCUAUACACUCAACUGCCUCUGAUCUGAUCAGCAAAGUGGUGACGGAAGUUAAAGAGCAAUUAGGGAAAAGCGGGAUCUCGGGAAGCACGGAUAUCAGGCACUUGGGCUGGCUGGCGGAAAAGGUACCUGGAGAGAAUGAGAAACACUGGAAGCCGGUCCUGAUGGUGCUGACAGAGAAGGAUCUUCUCAUGUAUGAUUCUAUGCCUCGCAGGAAGGACUCUUGGCUCAAUCCAGCACAUACCUACCCACUCAUAGCCACCAGACUGGUCCAUUCCGGCCCUGGGAAAAUAUCUUCCCUUUCUGGCACAGAGUUCUCAUUUGCUACACGGACAGGGUCGAGGCAAGGAAUCGAGACCCAUUUCUUUAGAGCCGAGACUAACAGGGAUCUCUCCCUCUGGACCAGGUCUGUUGUACAGGGCUGUCACCACUCUGCCGAGCUCAUUAAAGAGAUUUCCACACCUUGCACUUACAAGAAUAACGAGUGUCGGUUGGUUAUUAACUAUGAUCAUGGAUUCUCUCUGACCUCUGAAGCCUUGGAUGGGACCUAUUCCCGACCCCUGGUGCAGUUCCCCUAUGAAAAACUGAAAAUGUCAUCUGACGAUGGAGUUAAAAUACUCUAUUUAGACUUCGGGGGCAAAGAUGGAGAAUUACAACUGGAUCUCCAUUGUUGCCCAAAGCCGAUAGUCUUCAUCAUCCACUCGUUCCUGUCGGCUAAAAUCACAAGGCUUGGCUUGGUGGCAUGAGAAUAAAGAGCGGGCGCAUGGAUCUAUCAGACUUCUAUAAAGAUACAGUAACUCAUAGAUAGGAUCUGCAAGCUGCAAAGCGUUGGAUGGGAGUUUGGUGCGGGGGGCUUCAGUUUCAGCCAAUCAGGAUACUCAGAGGAGAGAAAUACCAGAUGCAAAAAAUAAAAUAAAACAAGGGCAAUGCA